AAAUUUUUUUAAUUAAAAAAAAUAAUAAUAAUCUCUUUGCCUAACCUGGGGUUUGAACUUACAACCCCGAGAUCAAGAGUCCCGUGCUCUACCUACUGAGUCAUCUAGGCGCCCCCUUCUUUCAAUGUUUAUAAUCCUGAGCUCCCCAGCUCUUGAAACUGGCAGCACAGAUAUACAGCUGAUAGAGUGGAAAGGGUAGCUUGGCAACACUCUUGGGGACAGUAAGUGGAGAGAAGUUACUCGGAUGUAAAGGAACAGUAUUAUGAAAUCUACAAAACCGGUUGUCAGUUACUCCACGGCCCCACUCAGCCUUAUCGCUUGGUAUUUGAGCAGUCGCUAUUUUUAGCGUGAGAAUUCAACCAGCAAAAGUCACAGAUUUUAUUGUGGACUUCAUAUUAUGGAAGAUCACUGUCUUCCUGAUUCCAGGAGCCGCUGAGUUCCAUGUGCUUAAGUGAGAGCUUUUUCAUGGUGAAAGGAGCGGCCCUCUUCUUACAACAGGGAAACAGCCCUCAAAGCCAGCGAAGUCUUCAGCAUCCCCACAAGCAUGCAGGUGACCUGCCCCAACAUCUUCAAAUAAUGAUCAACCUCCUGCGUUGUGAAGAUCGGAUCAAGCUGGCCGUGCGCUUGGAGAGCGCCUGGGCGGAGCGGGUCCGGUACAUGGUGGUGGUAGACAGCAGCGGGCGCCAGGACACGGAGGAGAGCAUCUUGCUGGGAGUCGACUUUUCUAGUAAGGAGAGUAAAAGCUGUACCAUCGGGAUGGUUCUCCGGCUGUGGAGCGACACGAAAAUCCACCUCGACGGAGAUGGCGGGUUCAGCGUCAGCACAGCGGGACGGAUGCACGUCUUCAAGCCCGUGUCUGUCCAGGCCAUGUGGUCUGCCCUGCAGGUCCUUCACAAGGCCUGCGAAGUGGCACGGAGACACAACUACUUCCCCGGCGGCGUGGCUCUCAUCUGGGCCACCUACUAUGAGAGCUGCAUCAGCUCCGAUCAGAGCUGCAUCAACGAGUGGAACGCCAUGCAGGACCUGGAGUCCACGCGGCCCGACUCCCCGGCCCUGUUUGUGGACAAGCCAACUGAAGGGGAGAGGACCGAGCGCCUCAUCAAAGCCAAGCUCCGGAGCAUCAUGAUGAGCCAGGAUCUGGAAAACGUGACCUCAAAAGAAAUCCGUAAUGAAUUAGAGACGCAGAUGAACUGUAACUUGAAAGAAUUCAAGGAAUUCAUAGACAACGAGAUGCUCCUUAUCUUGGGACAGAUGGACAAACCCUCCCUCAUCUUCGACCAUCUUUAUCUCGGCUCUGAAUGGAAUGCGUCCAAUCUGGAGGAGCUGCAGGGCUCAGGUGUUGACUACAUUUUAAAUGUCACUAGAGAAAUAGAUAAUUUUUUCCCUGGCUUAUUUGCAUAUCAUAACAUCCGAGUCUACGACGAGGAAACAACAGACCUUCUUGCCCACUGGAACGAGGCGUACCAUUUUAUAAACAAAGCAAAGAGGAACCAUUCCAAGUGCCUGGUGCAUUGCAAGAUGGGUGUCAGCCGAUCCGCUUCCACGGUCAUAGCCUACGCGAUGAAGGAGUUUGGCUGGCCUCUGGAAAAAGCGUACAACUACGUGAAGCAAAAGCGCAGCAUUACACGCCCCAACGCGGGCUUUAUGAGGCAGCUGUCUGAGUAUGAAGGCAUCUUGGACGCGAGCAAACAACGACACAACAAGCUGUGGCGCCAGCAGGGCGACACCUGCCUCCAGCCGCCCAUGGAGGACCCCACAGGGUCUGGGGACUUCUUGCCGGAGACCCUGGACGGCACCCCAGAGGCCCAGCUGCCCUGCCUGGAUGACGCUGCCCAGCCUGGGUUCCCAGACAGCAGGGCCCCAGGAGGAGCCGCCCUCCCCUGCUGCUUCCGGCGACUCUCAGACCCCCUCCUGCAUCCACCCAGCGGCGAGACCCGCAGCGUGGUCCACCUGGAGGACCUGGAGAGGGACGCCCUCCUGGAGGAAGCAGCCGAGGCGACUGAGGCACACAGGCUGGCCGCACAUCCCCAGGAAGCUUCCGGACCCUGCGAGAAGGAGGUGAAGAAGAAGCUGGAGUUCGGGAGCCCCAAGGCCCGGAGUGGCUGGUCGCCCCAGGUGGAGGAGAUGGAAGGGGAGGAGGCCCCGGGAGCAGGGCGGUGGGGGCGGCCCCCGCCCCAGCUGGACCAAAGCCUGCUCGACCGGGAAAACCUGAACAACAACAACAGCAAGAGGAGCUGUCCGGAGGACUUCGAGCACGAUGCUAUAUUCGGGAUCCUUAACAAGGUGAAGCCUUCCUACAAAUCCUGUGCCGACUGCAUGUACCCUACAGCCAGCGGGGCUCCUGAGGCCUUCAGGGAGCGGGGCGAGAACCCCGGUGCCCCCGCCAUCUGUACCCAGCCGACCUUCCUGCCCCACCUCACAUCUUCCCCUGUGGCCUACAUGUCCAGCAGGGCCCGAGCUUUAGAGAGACUGGCCUCUGGCCCAAGCGAAAGUCCCCCUUUCCUACCACCAGCAGGCUUGAGGAGGUCAGACGGUGGUGGCUCUGGGGCUGAAGCUGCCCCAGAGCUACCGGCUAGCCUUUCGGAACCUUCCAGAGAAACCCAAAGAGCCCUGCCAAAGUCCCUCCUUUUGAAGAACUCUCACUGUGAUAAGAACCCUCCAAGCAUGGAAGUGGCGAAGGAUGAAUCCCCACCCAAGAAAGAUCCGAAGCCAGCCAAGGACCUGCGGCUUCUGUUCAGUAAAGAAGCUGAGAAACCAACCACCAACAGCUACUUGAUGCAGCACCAGGAAUCCAUCAUUCAGCUGCAGAAGGCGGGCUUGGUCCGGAAGCACACCAAAGAACUGGAGAGGUUAAAGGGCACGCCCGCAGACCCGGCUUCUCCCUCCAGGGACGGCACGACCAGCAGGCUGGAGGCCAGCAUCCCCGAGGAGAACCCCGCUCUGCCGGGGCCCCUGCCGCUGCCUCGCCUCUCUGGGAGUGACGAGAAGUCAGAGGCCCUCCCCGCUCCACUUGAAGGAGCCCCACUCAAGAGUCCCACCCCCUUCCUCUGCCGCCUCGAUCACACCAGUCAUUUCUCAAAAGACUUCCUGAAGACGAUCUGCUACACCCCCACCUCCUCCUCCAUGAGCUCCAACCUGACCCGGAGCUCCAGCAGCGACAGCAUCCACAGCGUCCGAGGCAAGCCCGGGCUCGUGAAGCAGCGGACGCAGGAGAUCGAGACCCGUCUCCGGCUGGCGGGCCUCACCGUUUCCUCCCCGCUGAAACGCUCACACUCUCUGGCCAAGCUCGGAAGUCUCAACUUCUCGACAGAGGACCUGUCCGGUGAGGCGGACGCGUCCACCCUCGCCGACUCCCGGGACGCUAAGUUGGGCGAGUCUUCCUUCCCUUGUGAGCCCCGGGCAAACCCAAGGAACCCAGCUGCAGCCUCUCCACCAUCAGGGAAACCCGCUUCAGAAAACUUGAGAAGCCCCUUGUGGCUGAGCAGGAGCUGACCCGCCUCUUGCUGCAUUUGGACGGAUGCCAUCACGUGAUCCCUCCGUGCGUUUCACUGGGGGUUUUGGUCAGCCCCUUGUAUCUUGAUUUCUCCUAAACAGUGGACGCUCAGACUUUCCCCCUCUUGCCACAGAGAGGAGGGGAAGAGACAAAAAAUAAUGUAGCCCAAGAAGAAAGGGGGAAGAAGCCAGCUGUGUGGCCCUGGAGAGCCAGAAGCCGUCGGCCAGUAGAUACAAAACCCUGAUUCCCCAGGUCCUGUGGUUUCAGGAAGAAUCCUGUUUUAAAAAAGCAUAUACAGAUGUGCAGACACAUCGAAAGUACUCCCUUGGCACCGUGCGAAAGAACAGGAGCCGAGAUGGCUCCGUCGCCACGCGCACGUUCCUAGCUCAUUCAGGCCCUCGCGGGGAAACCCUUGGAUGGCAAUAUUAAGUCCUACCUCUGUUCUUGCUGUGCUUUUUGUUUUUAAGAUACAACAGUGACCCAAGCUCGUUCCGGGGAAUGAUGCUGUGUCAGAAAAGGUUUUUUCCAAAAGAGAGUUUUUUCUUUGGUCCCCACCAAAAAAAAAAAAAAAAAAACCACCCCAAAAAGCGUUAAGACUUUUAA